UCCUCAUGUUCAGGGGGAGCUUCCCGUGUUCCAGCUUGUGCCCGUGGCCCCUUGGCCUGGCGUUGGGCACCACCGGAACGAGUCCGGCCCCAUCCUCCUGACACCUGCUCUUCAGAUAUUUAUGAGUAUUGACAGGAUCCUGCCUCAGUCUUCUCCAGGCUGAACAAACCCAGCGGUCUCAGCCUUUCCUCAUAGGGGAGAUGCUCCAGUCCCCUCAUCAUCUUGGAAGGAAAACAACCCCACACUGUAUCUGCAAUGUGAAGUUUUCAGUCAGACUUAAGGACGACAACCCGUUUGCACCCCUUCCCUGCAGGCAUCUAUCAUAGAGCUGAUUUUUUCCCCCCUUGCUCCCAUCCAAGCUUGACAGCCUUACAUAUUAGAGGCAGUACUGGCUGAACCUGUUUGUGAGGAGCAUGUGACUUUCAGAUGAUCUGGAAAAAAAGUCCCGCUGUUAUUGCUGCAUCUGUCUUAAGGGAUAAGGGGGAAGAGGCAAAACUGGCUUCUAAGUGCACACAGGGGGAAGGCAGGUCAUGCUGAACCCAGAAGAAAAAUACUUUGGAUGAAGCAAAAUGAGCAGGAAGAGAAAAGCCAAAAAAAGCCCGACAAAACCAACAUAGAAAAAUCCACAGAAAAACCCCGAACCCAACAGUGGUGGAAGCCAAGGGACACUGUGGAGGAUAUCCGAGUGGUUGUUCAGAAUAAGGACACGCGAGGCCUUCCUGGCACGUGGGCCCCAGCGUUGGGAAGAUGGUGACAGACGUGACAGGGAAGAUCUUCCUCUUCUGUCCGGCAUCCUGGAUUUCUUGGGAUCACCAAUGGUAGUCGCUCUUCCAAAACCUUCAAACCAAAGAAGAAUAUUCCAGAGGGGUCUCACCAGUACGAGCUGCUAAAACAUGCCGAAGCCACGCUUGGAAGCGGUAAUCUCCGGAUGGCCGUUAUGCUUCCAGAGGGUGAAGACUUAAAUGAAUGGGUUGCAGUUAACACUGUCGACUUCUUCAACCAGAUUAAUAUGCUUUAUGGAACCAUUACGGACUUCUGCACAGAGGAGAGCUGCCCUGUGAUGUCUGCUGGCCCAAAAUAUGAGUACCACUGGGCAGAUGGGACAAACAUAAAGAAACCAAUUAAGUGCUCUGCACCAAAGUACAUUGAUUACCUGAUGACCUGGGUCCAGGAUCAGCUGGAUGAUGAAACGCUAUUUCCUUCUAAAAUAGGUGUACCAUUCCCAAAGAAUUUCAUGUCAGUGGCAAAGACAAUUUUGAAGCGUCUCUUCAGAGUUUAUGCUCACAUUUAUCACCAGCACUUUGAUCCAGUGAUCCAGCUACAGGAAGAGGCACACCUUAACACUUCUUUCAAGCACUUUAUAUUUUUUGUUCAGGAAUUCAACCUUAUUGAUAGAAGAGAACUUGCACCGCUUCAAGAACUGAUUGAAAAACUCACCUCUAAGGACAGAUAAAAGGAAGAGGAUUUCUUGAAGUCACUUUUUCUUUAAGCAAGCGUGUGGUAUUUGUGUUUUGUUCAUUUGUUUUUUUAAAAAACAAAACGAAAACCUGUGCUGUUACUAACGACAGCCAAGAUCUACUUUCUGUGCUUUUAUUAGGAGAAAUCUUUUAUCUUAGUGACACGCGGUAAAUAGCUUUCUUUUUUUUGAUUGUUGUUAUUCAUUGUGGAAUUUUAGCAGGUGCUGAGUGUUUAUAAAGGAAACAUGCUUGGCUGGGGGAUUGACUCUGCUGGUGGAUGGGUUCUUGUAUUGUGUCAGUGGUAGCCCAUUCUCAUGAAGUCCCUAUAAGACUUGCUUACCUUCUCUAAGUGCCUUGGCAGACUCACUUCUGAGGUGCAAAGCACAUACAAUACUGAACAUUGCUGGAAACAGAAAAUAUGAACUAACACCCAGGACACUUACUUGUUUGAGAGAAAUAUAUAUAUGCUUACACUAAAAAAAGCCAUAACUUACUGAAAUCAAUGAUCUCCAGCUUUUAAUACAAAUACUUGUCUUAUUUUUUAAAGAUAAAUAUAGAAUUUUUCAAAGCUAGUUAUUUCUUAUAAAGAAAAGCAGUGAAGUUCUAGUCACUGAAGCGAAACGAUGAGGGUGGUGUCAGAAUUAGAAAGAACCCGUGCUUAGCAAGUAGUUACGUGUCUGUUGCCGUUGGCUUUGGCUUUUCAUAGUUGCUUUUAUUUUGUCAGCAGGGAAGCAUCGACUUGGGUCAGGCGCUUUUGUUAAAUUUCGCAGCAUUUGCCAAAUGAAUGGUUGGUUUGCACAAACACAGUUAGGGAAAAUAUUAAAUAUAAACAGGUGCCCUGGGGUAAUACUAAGGAAAAAACCUAGGGAAAUGAGGUUUGUUAUUUACGAAUAAAAAGCCUGCCUCUGCGGAGGAGCUCUGGUGGCCAAUGUCUUCUGCACUAGGAAGUGUUUCUUGGAGGGAAUAUGAUUUCAUGGACCACUUUGGAUUUACGUUAGUGUGACGGUCUUCUCCCCCGUUUAAAGUGGCAGCCCAUCUCCAAAGAGCUACAGCAGUUGGGAAAAGUAAUAGGGACAUACUGGUGAACUCCUAGUGGAUUGCAAUUUACUCUGUGUGUCUAAGAAAAAACAAGUCUAAAUGUGGCCUUCCCCCCACCCAGGUUAGUGUCCUUGCCUCUCGAGCCUUGGGUUUUCUCAAACUAGAAAAGAGAAUCGUCUGCGAGAAGUUAACCUCCGGGGCAAUCCACAGACGAUGACUUGGGAAUUUGUGCUGCAAGUUGGUCAGGCAGGUUUCCCGUUGCAGAAGCCCGUAUGACUAGCUAUCUCGAUCAUUUAUGGGUCUUGUCAAAGCCGUAGUGUUUUGGAUUCGAAGAAAUCUGUACUAGGUUCUGCACGGUGCUGUCUCAUGAUACCACUAGUUGCCAAAUACAGUAUGCUAGGUGCUUUACUGUUGCCAGGCUUUGCAGGAUUGCGGUUCUGCAAAAACACCAUGUUGAGACCUGAAUAACAUGAAGACUUUAACUGAGUGGUGGACGCUAGGCUGACUCUUGAACCUCUGAAAUCUACAGGUGAAGCCAAGGUUAGCAUGCGACGGGAAAGUUGAGCUUACGUUUCGUGCACCUUUGCUUGACUGAAAAUGCUGAGGGAAGUGGAAAAUACUGUGUGGCAGCCUGCAAAACGUGCAAGGGGCCGUUAGUACAGCCAGCUAAUAAACCUCUAAGCCCAGUAGUAAACAUACACUCAUUUGGGAGACUAGAAUUGCCACUUCUGAGUUAAAUGAUGUAUUUCAGAAGCAUCUGAAGGUUAUUUUAAGAACUAUGUUAUUUUCUUUGGAGCUAAAUUUCCCAGUCUGCUUAAACUGCGUCCUGGAGAAGCAAUUUAAUGUUUUGUUACUUCUUCCAUCUGUCUUUUUCCUUCUUGUUUGAACAGACUUGAGAACACUUGAGAGAACCUAGUAUGGAGCUAGAACCUGGCGUUACGUGCUUGUUUCACUGCUGCGCUAUCCUUUCUGCGUGCUGUGUGGUCUUUUUGACAAGGUAGCUGGGAAUGCAGUACUUGUACAGCCUGCGUGCAUCAUUCGUGAUGCCAUUGCAACUGCAGGAUUAUUUUUAACCGAGACGCAUACCUGACGUCUGACCUGGACAUGACUGCAUGAGCCUGGUUUGGGAGCAGUAGGAUGGCAGUGCUGGCUUUGGGUGCGGGGUUGGAGGGCUCUUGUAGUUCGGGACUGAAUUACGCAAGAGACUAUCAUCUUUUCAGAGUUAGGGGAGCACUCAGCGUCCACCUGACUGCACAAAAGCAGCUUAACUCCCAGGUUUGAACUGCACUAUUUUCAACAGACUGCAGUCAUGCAGGAAGCUGAAUUUAAGAACGUGAUCGUGCACGCACAGCCUUUUAGGUGUGCUUCUAUCUGAGCGGUGUUUAAUGACCGAAAAUUUCCAGCUACAGAGGCGGUUUGAUAUUAAAAAUCCUGUAAACUUUCCAACGCGAACCUCUUUGCCGAGUUGAGUCAGUGCUGCUCAAGAGGCUGUGCGUACAUGGUCACUGUGCUGAUAGUGCUCGCUGCAGAGGCGCCUCUCCAGCGCUGCUGGAGCUCGUGGUACCACGUUGCAGAAGGUGAGAGUGGCCGAAGCCUGCUCCAAGGUGCUAAGUAGGAGAUAUCCUCCAUUAGAUUUAAAGCUGUCUCACUGGUUUCAUGUCAUGUACCAGCAAGAAACUCAAAGAGAAAAAUAGUUAGAAGUGAGGAUUUGCUUGGUGAGUUACCAGGGCAGUAGUUGUCAUUUUUGGCAUACUUCUGCUCUGGAAGGUUGGGGUUGUGGUGGUGGUGGUGGUGGUUCUUGUUUUGUUUUGUUUCCUUUUUUCUUUUUUUUUUUAAAUAGCCAAUUGUAGAAAUUCAGAGGCAUCUGCUGCAGUUCAGCCAACCAGAAUUAGAAAAUUGAAAAAAUUUAGAUUUAAAAAACAUAAGACUUAGGUGGAUAGUGUAUUUUUUGUAUUUAGUAUCCACCAGUAGGAAACACUUUAACAGAACAGAUUCUAGGCGUGUAAUAAAAGCUUGGAGAUCAUGAUUUGCCUGACAGCUGUAUGAACACAUUGUUUAAUUAUACAACACUUGAAAAAUAACAACGUUAAAGAUACGUAUGCAGUGUUUGGGAUUUAAUAUCCCUCUGCUGUUUAUAUUUGCAGCUUUUAACUGGUUGUUUUUUGGUUUGGGUUUUUUUUUUUUUUCCUUAAAAAAGAUGUGGGACCAGAAGUUGAUGCGUGUUUACACUCUUGAAGUAAGGGCACAUUGGAAUGCUAAACUAAAGUUGCCAUGUCAUACAGACGGAAUCCGGAUCGGGUGAAUGUGUUUAUAAAACAGUGCAUUGUUGGGGGGAAAGGGGAGGAUGCCCCCUCGCCCCCUAAAUUAUAACCCAGAGAAACGAACCCUGGCCAAACCCCGCGCUGCUCUAGGCCCGCGUCACGGACAGACUCUGUUACGCGUCGAGUGCCUGUUCUGUCAUCGGGAGCGGAAAGUGCCGGUGGGGUUAAACCAGGCUGGGCUGCCAGCGCUGGCUGCGGCCUUCCGCUGUGGUAGGGCCCUUAAAUUCUAUGGUUCGGGGUGUUUUUCAGCUACCGCGUCAGGGAUUGGGGUGGUAACUUCAGGAGGUCAUCUACCUCGAGACGGGAUGGGGCAAACCCUGCUAAGCUGAUCAAGUUCAGCCGCCGUCGCCAGCAUUGACACUGUUUAGAUGGCGCGGAUACAUCGUGUUCGCAGAAAUAAUUUUUCAAGUCUUUCCAAUUCAAGUCAGGGAUAUGAGUUAAUCGUGCGAAUAGAAAAUACAGAUGCCACGGUCUGCUGUCGUAGUUAGCUGGGUGGUAGGUGAAGGGAGAAAACAGGUUUCCAGGGGCAGGCGGCCCGUCUGCAACUAUCAAGUUUCUUUUACUGCUUACUAUGCAAUGUAGAGCUUUGAACUUUUGCUUUGACUUUAAGAUAAAGAGGAGCACUGUCCUUACUCAGUAUCUAGGUACUGAACACUCUCCCAGUCUCCCCGACGCUCACUUAACAGGUAAGGAUACCUAUUUGCUGCUAUGGACUUUACUUACCUUUCAGAUGGUUCCUUUCUCUUUCUCGCCCCCCUUCCCUUCCUCUUGCAUCACCAGACCCAAUUUUACUACAAACACAUCCUUUUUGGGUAGCUGGUUUGUUUUUUUUUUUCUUGCUACCCCCUCCCCCCUUCUUCCCUGCCAGAGUGCCGUAUUACUGUACAUAAACCGCCCCCUUUCAGUCGGACUAUUUAAAAAGCUGCAGCAUGAACACGGACUCCUUGCUUUUCUUUCCCUGAAAGAUUCCCUGUUACACUGAAUCUUGUUUCCUUCACUGCCGAUAUCGGUUGUCUUUUUCUCCCAGCUGCGCUACUAAAACCACUAGCAGUUUUGUUGGAUGCCUGUCAUCUUUUCCUGGAUAUCCUCUCUUUUGAGAUGAGACUCCCGUUGGCUGUUUUAAGCGUUAACCCUUUCUGUUUUCCUGCUUUUAUUACAAUCUCCCCUCGCCAGGUUAAGAUCGCAGUCUAGGUAAAUAUCAAAUCACAUUUUUAUUUGAAGAACCCACUCCCCAAAGUGUUCAUAGAGUAUUGUAUUUUUAGGGGAAAUUAAUUUUUAUAGCCACUAAACUAUACUCAUUAUUUUUGUACGUUUGCAACUUCUGACAUUUUUCAGAGACGUGUCGCGGAGGGAACUCUUAUUUUCAUGGCCGUUUUACUAUGGUAUGCUGUGGUUGUGUUGCUCAGUAGCUAGAAGCACAUAGCUCGAUGUGCAACAGAAGAGAGAGAAGAAUGCAAUAGAAGUGAAUGAGGUUUCGAUAAAAGGCCAUUUUUGAAGGCAAAAACUAAUAAAAAAAACUGUAACAAAAGCAACACUAACCUUUCCUCCUCCUUUAGAAUCCUGAAAUAAAUGGGAGAAAACAUGGUGUAAAAUACAAAAUGGAAGAUGAGAACCCUUACUGUAAGCUAACUGUGCCAAUAUCGCUUAAGUUUGUAGUCACUGACUGGUAUUUUAGUUUCAAACAAGAACAGCUUUUGAUUUUUUUUUUUUUUUAAAAAAGGUGAAUGUCUGAAAAUUUGCAACAUGUUUAUUUGAGAGUUGUAAAUAAUGUAUACAGAUUGUUGUAUGUGACGGGACAAAAUAUUUAAAUUCUAGGGUUUUUUUUUUUUCAGUAAGAAACUGAAGGCUGUUUAUAAGAGAAAAUAAAUAGCUAUGUUUGACCAUGA